GGGUUAUUGAAGGCACGAGUAGAACAGACGAGUUAGUGAAUGCUGCGGCUAGCCCGUAGGGAUGCUCUUCCGUGGGCGGCUGGGGCUGUCCGGUGUCGGGCAGGACACAGGACUGGGACGGACCCUCCAGGAGCCGCACGAGAUGCGCUGAACUGCAUCCAGGGCUUAACUAAGCCUGUUGUUCUUCUCAGAUGUAUCGUGCUGUGCUAUGAGAAGUCAUAACUUGGCGUCGCUCCCCUUUGUUUAGCGAGUAUCAGAACGGGAAGAAGCGCUGGCCGGUGCUGGGCGCUGUAGUGGUGCGCGGCUCCUGAAGCACGUCCCAGGAAGCGUUCUUUGUCGUGCCUGGUUCUGUGAUCUGCUUCUUGCAGCAGUUGGUUAGCGUUAACCUGCCUGUGCUUGGACAUCACAGCUGAAAGUUGGUCCUGGUGAAACUACUGGUAGUGCCAGUGAGCGGGAUGCACGCAACUCGCUGUCAUACGUAAAGCUGACUAGGUUUUGGAGGCUGGGUACAAUUUUUUUUUUUUUCCUUCCCCUGAUAUUUCAUUUUCUGAUUAUGUGGAAACUAAUGGAAUCUUGUAUUCUGUUUUUUCAGUAUGGAUGUGGAUGGAGAAUCCAAGAAACUAUUGGGUUUAGGACAGAAACACUUGGUAAUGGGAAAUAUUCCAGCUGCUGUCAAUGCAUUCCAGGAAGCUGCUAGUUUAUUGGGUAAAAAAUAUGGUGAGACAGCGGACGAGUGUGCAGAAGCUUUUUUUUACUAUGGAAAAUCUCUUCUGGAGUUGGCCAGAAUGGAGAAUGGUGUAUUGGGAAAUGCCUUGGAAGGGGUGCAGGUUGAAGAGGAAGGAGAAAAAGCUGAGGAUGACUCUGUGUUACCAACUGUUGAUGAAGAAGCAAGGGAGGAGUUGAGAGAGCAGGUAUAUAACGCCAUGGGGGAAAAAGAAGAGUCCAAAAAAUCUACAGGAGAGUCUCCAGUACUAACUGAGAAGGAAAACAAAGGAGAAGAUGUUGAAAUGGAAGAGAUGAUAGAAGAAAAAAUGGGAGAAGCAGCAACUGCUGACAUGGAAGUAAAGGUUGAAGAGGCUGCAGAGAAGACAGAGACUUCUGUGGAAAAAGAAGCAAUUUCAGAAGAACGGGAGCAGCAGAUAGCUGUGGAAAAGGAGACUGCAAAAGAGGAGGCAGCUGUGGAAGAGAAAACGGUGGAGAAAGAGCAGAAAACAGCACCUGAAGAGGUGGCAAAGGAAGCAGCUGAGGAGAAGGAAAGAAUGACGGAAGUGUCAGACAAGGAGGCAAAGGCAGCUGUGGAAGAGGCUGAAGUUGCGGAAGAAGCAAACACGGCUGUGGAGGAGAACAGGACAGCAGGAGAGCGGACAGCAGAAGCAACAGAAAAGGAGGCAGAGACAGCUGUGAAAAAGGGAGAGGCUGUAGAAGGGCAGGUGGAGGCACCUGUGGAAGAGGAGGCCAUAGUGCAAGAAGUGACAGCAGAGGCACAGGCAGCAGUCACUGUGGAACGGAAAGAAGCUGCAGAAGGGCAGGCAGAGGCAGUUGACCAGAAGGUGGAGGAGAAAGAAGAACAGAUAGAAACAGCUACAGAAGAGAAACCAGAUGAACCUAAAGAGGCAGAGUCCUCAAAGGAACCAGUGCCUAUGGAGGGCAAAGAGCCAUCUAAUGACAUGCAAGAAAAGGCUGAAGUAGCUGCUAAGGUAGAAAAAGAGGAAAAGAAAGAGGACCUGAUAGAAGAGGGUGAAGGUGCUAAGGUAGAAAAAGAAGAAAAAGGUGACCUGAUGGAAGAGGGAGAAGAAACAGAAGAAUCGGAAGAGGAAGAUAAAGAAAAUGACAAAGCUGAAGAUGAUAAGGAGAAUGAAUUGACAGUAGAAGACAAGUCUUUACAGGAAAGUGAAGAGGAUGAAAUUGGAAAUCUUGAGCUAGCCUGGGACAUGCUGGAGUUAGCAAAAGUAAUCUACAAAAGACAAGAAACAAAAGAAGCUCAGCUCCACGCAGCUCAGGCUCAUCUAAAGCUAGGAGAAGUUAGCAUCGAAUCUGAAAACUAUACACAGGCUAUAGAAGAGUUUCAGGCCUGCCUGGCCCUACAGCAGAAGUACCUGGAGGCUCAUGACCGCCUGCUAGCUGAAAGUCACUACCAGUUGGCAUUGGCAUACCACUACAACAGCCAGUUUGAUGAAGCGGUUCUACAGUUUGGUAAAUCCAUAGAAGUCAUUGACAAGAGAAUGGCAAUGCUUACUGAUCGAAUAAAGAAGACAGAAAGUGGGUCCCCUGAAGAUGAGAAGGAGAUUGAAGAACUGAAAGGACUGCUUCCUGAGAUUAAAGAAAAGAUAGAGGAUUCAAAGGAGUCUCAAAAGAGUGCAAGAGUAGCUGAGCUGGCACUGAAAGCAACCCUGGUUGGAACUACAUCUGGCUUUGCACAAAAAGAAGAUAGUGGUUCUGUUUCAACAAUUCCAGUAAGAAAACCAGCUGAUGGAGCAUCUCAGUGUGUUACAGACAUCUCUCACCUAGUCAGGAAAAAGAGGAAACCAGAGGAGGAGACUCAACAGGGAGACAAUGAAGCUAAGAAAUCUAAACCAGAACCGGCUGUCAAUGGUGGUGGUGGUGAUGCUGCCCCCAGUGGAAAUGAGGUUGCAGAAAAAAUGGAAGAGGAGACAGAGAAAAGGCAACAGGUGGAAUCAGGGGCUACAGUUGAAAGCACAGUAUGAUAAUUCUUUAACCUGGGACACUCCUCCUUACAAGGAAAAUGGUUUUGUAUAUAGUGUAUUUUUUCACUUUUUGGCAACUUUUGUAUGACUUCAAUAAAGAUUGUAAGCAAA